AAUAGUCUACUCUCCCUUUUUUCCUGUCAUUACUCGCAAAAGGUGACACCGGUCAGGGUGGAAAACGGAUCAGACCGGGGGACACAGCGCUGUUGUUUUGUACUUGACAUUGAUUUUAUGUCACUUAAUAUAAGAAAGCGUCAUUCAAGUCGGUUUUAGGCAUUCUUAUGAUUUUUUUUUUUUUAUCCCGCGGACGCAUAACUCAUCAUGACAAAGGAAACUCUCUGGACCGUGGCAACCACGGCGACGCUUUUCUUCUGUUUAUGUUUUUCAUCUUUUAAAGCAGAAAGCCUACAUUGUCACGGCGCCUACGACCUUUACUUUGUUUUAGACCGAUCUGGAAGUAUUUUGACCGACUGGGGUCGGAUCAAUGACUUUGUCAAAAGUCUUACAGAGAGAUUUGUGAGUCCAAAUAUGCGAGUGUCCUUCAUAGUGUUUUCAUCAAGAGCAGAAAUUGUGUUACCGCUCACUGGAGACAGGGGAAAAAUUAAUGAUGGUCUGAGGAUUUUAAAUGAGAUCAAACCAGCAGGAGAAACCUACAUGCAUGAAGGAAUAAAACUGGCUUCUGAACAAAUGAAAAAGCAGCUUGAAAAUUCCUCUAGUAUCAUUGUGGUGUUGACUGAUGGAAAGCUUGAGAAAUAUAUCCAGGAACUUGCUAAGGAUGAGGCUAAUAUAGCAAGGAACUAUGGGGCUCGUGUGUACUGUGUUGGCAUAAAGGACUUUGAUGAAGAACAGCUCGUCGAUGUGGCUGAUACCAGGGAGCAUGUGUUCCCAGUCAGAGGAGGAUCUCAAGCUCUCAAAUGCAUCAUUAACUCAAUCCUCAAGCAAUCAUGCACGGAGAACCUAACAAUGGAGCCGUCAAGCGUCUAUGUGAACCAGUCCUUUGACAUUGUUUUAAGAGUGAACGGGUUCACACAGGGGAAACAAACAGAAGGAGUUUUCUACAGUUUCAUAGUGGAUGGAGUUACUUACAUGCCUGUGUCUGCUGCUAAAGACGAUGCAGGAUCAGGUGUGCACACUACAAAGCAAGUGUAUAAGCAAAUCCACCCACCGGACGUACAGCCAAAUGUUGCAGAAGGAGCACCUACCCUACACAUCCAAUUACAGAAUGCGAAGCAAACAAUCGAAAUUCAAAAACAGAAGAUUGUUCACCUGGAGGAUAAGGUGAACAGUCUGACAGAUGAGAGAAAUUAUCUUCGAGAAAGACUUAAAGAUGCUCUGAAGAUUACCUCAGAAAGGAUAUCUUAACAGACUACAGCUUCAAAGAUGAGCAGUGCUUCUGAAUCUUCAGAUUCUGAGCCAAAAUAAGAAGAAACACAGAGGGAAAAGAAACAAGAAGAAAUCAAAGAAAUUGUUGUGUGACUAUUCCAAAUUAGGUAUCCACCUUAUUCCCACGAGCCUACUGCGUGUUGAAUUAUGGGGGGCACUUCCGAUUUGGGGAUCUUCCAUUUAAAAUGACUGAAACAAAUCAUUUCAAAUCAUAAGGUUGCCAUACGAAUAAAGCUUAUCUGUCAGUUUGACAAUGAUCUGUCAAUUUUCCCUCAUGUUGUAUUUUCAGACAUCGUGAGAUUAACGUAAUGCUUGUUAUUUUAACGUGACGUUAUAACAAGAAUAUCUAUGGCAAGAGCUGUUUUCAGUCGAGGCAUUUGUUUCCUCAUGAUUAUUUUCUUUUUUCCCUUUGCAUUCCGCUGUAGUAGUAUGAAAAAGGACAACAUUUACUGCACGUUGUGGUCUGUUCUCCCGAUUUAAUUCACAAUAUAUCCCAUUAAUAAUUCACUGGAAUGCACGAAGAAUCUCUCGUUUUUCUCCUCAAAAAGUAUUAUUGAGUUCAUAGAGCGAGCCUUUCACUGAUUGUUACACCCAUAAUUCGCACAAAGCGUCAUGGGGCGUAGGAAUAAGGUGGAUAUGAUUUUAAUCAUGUCUUUUAUACAAAUUAUUCUUUACUUGAGAAGAAUGUCACCCAAAAUAUUAUAGCCAUCAUUUACUUAUCAUUCUAAAUGGUAAUCAGUCUUCUAUGUAACACAAAAGUAGUUGUUUUAAAGUGUCUGGGUAAAGUGUUGGGUAGCCAAACCUGCUCCUGGAGACCUUCCAGCAGACUUCAGUUCCAACCCUGCUUCAACAAACCUGCUUGGGUAACAUAAAUAUCUGGUUCAGGAGUGUUUGAUUGGGAUUGUCACUGAACUCUGCAGGGCGGUAGCUCUCCAAGAGGAGGGUUAGCUACCCUUGUUUUAAAGAAUGUUCAAACUGCUAUGUUCACACUGUUAUGCUUGUUUAAACAUUUAAACUUUGUAGUCACCCACAUUAUGAAUGUUUUUUGUUGGUUUGUUUGUUUUAUGGCCUCCUUUGGUGUCAGUAGUUUUGAAUGAUAUGACACAUUUUUAUUUUAUUUUUUCAGUGCAAACACCAGAAGGAUCAAUAAAGAGAUACUACAAGGUAUUAAACCUUGUAAAACGAG